AUGAAGUCGCCAGUGUUCUGUGUCUGUUUCUGUGUUUUUGUGUUGGGAGCAGCUCAGCUGUUUACUGACCAAGACCCCAAACAGGCCAUGCGCUGCAAUGUUACCGGUCAGUGGAAGAGUGAGCAGGGCUCCAUGCUGCAGCUGACCUCCACUGGCCCAGAGGUGAGGGGAGUUUAUCACACCGCAGUGGAGACAGCGUUCGGGGCAUCGGGCCACAACCGGGAGUCGAAAGUGGUCGGGGUGGUUGGUGACGGCCCCCAACCCGCCGUUGCCUUCUCUGUGCUGUGGGCGAAAGGGUCAUGCAGCUCCUGGGUUGGCCAGUGCUUCUUGUUGCCAGGUGGUGGUCAGGUUCUAAAAACCCUGUGGAUGUUGCGCUCAGUUGCUGAGAGCUCUUUAGACAACUGGGAGAGUACCAGGUUGGGAGAAGACCAGUUCAUUUUUGUGGGAAAUGUGGGAAGUGCAGAUGGGCACUGAUCUUGAAGUUUACCAACAUCCACAGUUGGUUCCAUUAGAAUUAAUGCUACUGGAGUUGAUUAAGCUUCUGAGCCCUGAUCUAGGAUUGAAUUCCUCUUUUAU